AAAGUGAAAUGCAGUAAGAAGCCAGUCAGUUGCUGUGUUGUGUCGGCUUCAUAUUUGUAUCACGGAUUUGACAUAGUCUGGCGCUUGGUCUAGCCAUCGACAGACUUCUUCUGGAAUCUGUAAAGAUGAACGGCAAUGCCAACAAGAGGGCGCCGACCACAGCAACACAGAGACUGAAGCAGGAUUACCUCAGAAUCAAGAAAGACCCUGUGCCUUAUAUCUGUGCGGAACCUCUGCCCUCCAACAUUCUGGAAUGGCAUUAUGUAGUUCGAGGUCCUGAGAAAACACCAUAUGAAGGUGGCUAUUACCAUGGCAAAUUAAUAUUCCCGCGGGAAUUCCCCUUCAAGCCUCCCAGCAUCUAUAUGAUCACACCGAACGGGAGGUUCAAGUGCAACACACGGUUAUGCCUCUCCAUCACUGACUUCCACCCGGAUACCUGGAACCCCGCGUGGUCCGUGUCCACCAUUUUGACUGGACUGCUGAGCUUCAUGGUGGAGAAAGGGCCCACUCUGGGUAGCAUAGAGACGUCCGACUACACGAAACGACAGCUCUCUGCCCAAAGUCUGGCAUUCAACUUGAAGGACAAAGUGUUUUGUGAAUUGUUUCCAACAGUGGUUGAGGAGAUCAAGCAGAAACAGAAGGCUCUGGAGGAGCUGAACUCGCGACCCCAGGCUCUGCCUCUGCCCGAUGUCGUCCCCAACGGCGACGGGCAUCACGCCCACUACGGGGCUCCCGUCCUGAACGGCCACGCCCCGCUGGCACCUGGGGCGGCUGCGGCCCCAGCCCCCGGUCUCCAGGCCAACCGUAACCAUGGACUACUGGGCGGAGCGCUGGCCAACCUGUUUGUGAUCGUGGGCUUCGCUGCGUUUGCAUACACGGUGAAGUACGUGCUGCGGAGCAUAGCCCAGGAAUGAGCGGCGCGGCGAGGCGAGGAGAGGAAGGGGGGGAGAGGCAGCCGCAGCCGCGCGGACACCGCUAGAAAAGACAUGAGGAGACUGGACAUUGGGCUCCCAUUCCCCCGAACCACAUGCACAAAGACGGCAGAUCUGCUGCCCCGCCUGAACCAUGGAGGGGAUGGGAUAGCAGGGGAGGGGAGAGGAGAGGAGAGGAGAGG